UAGAAUCUGUUUCAUUCAUCAAAGAGCUAAACCAUGGCUUCUUCUUACAACUUAUUCUGUUUAACCCUUAUUAUUGCAAGUGUUUGCACUGUGGCACAUUGCAAGCUUUCCCCCAAUUACUACUCAUCAAAGUGCCCAAAAUCACUAUCUAUAGUGAAAUCAAGUGUAAUUGCUGCUAUUAAGAAGGAGACACGAAUUGGUGCUUCAUUACUUCGAUUACAUUUCCAUGAUUGCUUUGUAAAUGGCUGUGAUGGAUCAGUACUCUUGGAUGACACCGCCAAAUUCACCGGCGAAAAAAUGGCUGCCCCAAACAAUAACUCAGCUCGAGGCUUCAAUGUAGUCGACAAAAUCAAAGCUAAUUUGGAGAAAGAGUGCCCUGGAGUUGUGUCUUGUGCUGAUAUUCUUGCUUUGGCUGCUCGUGAUUCUGUUGAAUAUCUGGGUGGCCCUUCAUGGACUGUUGGACUAGGAAGGAGGGAUUCUACAACAGCAAGCAUUGCUGCAGCCAAUGCCAGCAUCCCUGCACCAUCUUUGAACCUGAGUGCUAUUAUAUCUAAAUUUAAGGCACAAGGAUUGUCUGUUAAAGACAUGGUGGCUCUUGCAGGUUCACACACCAUUGGUUUCGCUAGGUGCGUCCAAUUCCGAAGCCGAAUCUAUAACGACUCGAAUAUUGAUGCUUCGUUUGCUAAGUCAUUGAAGAGCAAAUGCCCCAAGAGCGGUAGCGAUAACAACCUCGCGAAACUUGAUGCUGUAAGCCAAACACAUUUCGAUAAUUUCUAUUAUAAGAACUUAUUGGAAAAAAAGGGGCUGCUUCAUUCAGACCAGGAGCUAUACAAAGGAAGUUCAAAAACAGAUUAUCUGGUUAGAAGAUAUGUGAGUAAACCUUCUGAGUUCUUCAGUGACUUUGCUGAGUCUAUGAUUAAGAUGGGUAAAAUUAAAGUUCUUACAGGAAGUAAGGGAGAGGUUAGAAUCAAUUGUAGAAAGGUGAACUAAGGGGGACCAUAUGUAGAAGGGAUAUUGAUCUAUUAAAGUAUGUUAUGAACCUAUGAUAGUA